AUGUCAGAUGAUGAGAUUAAUCAGUUGUGCUUAAUGGAUAUAGACAAGAUCUUACAUUCCUAUGGUAAAACCUUGAAAGACUAUCUUCCUAUGCCUUUAGCAACUGAAUUUGAUAGUUCUUUGUUAACCGAAAGGGUUAUCAGGGAAGAGCUAAACUUUAACAGGGAUGAUUUAAAGAAAAAUGCCUCGGACAUGAGUUUUUUCUUUGUGUAUGGUCAUGGGGGUAUUGGAAAAAUAUUUCUCCAGAACCUUAUGUCUAACGAGAUUCGCUCAAGGGGUGAUAUUUUGUUAAACAUUGCUUCGAGUGGUAUUGCAUCUUUACUUCUUCCCAAUGGAAGAACGGCACAUUCAAGGUUCAAAAUACCACUGAAUAUAACUGAGGAUUCUAUAUGUGACAUCAAACCUAGUUCCCCUCAAGCAAUGCUGCUAUUGAAAGCCAAACUUAUAAUUUGGGAUGAGACUCCAAUGGUUAGUAGGUACUGCUAUGAAGCGCUUGAUAAAUGUUUAGGUGAUAUCAUGAGGUUUUCUCCAACAUAUAACAAAGAUUUGUCCUUUGAAGAAAAAGUAGAUGUACUAGAUGGAGAUUUUAGACAAAUUCUUCCCGUCAUUUUACGAGGAUCGAGACAAGAUAUCGUUCAUUCAACUGUGAAUUCGUCUUACCUUUGA